AUGUGCUUACAAUAUUUUAAUCGAGAUUCUGGUACCUUUACGAGUGUAGAUGACCCAAACAAGUCUGUUCAACACCAUUUGAACAUGGUUUAUCUAACUUUUGGAGGUCUUUGUUUCUUGGCUGCUUCUGGAGCUUAUUCUGGCUUAUACCUUAUUAAA